CACUCCUCCGGCUCAGCCCGGCCGGCCAUCCAUGGAAAAGCAGACGGGUUGACUGGGCCGGUUGACCAGGAAGUCAGUCCGUGGAUUUCCGCGUCCCCUCUCGCUCUCGCCCCCACCCGCUUAGAAAAACUCCCGAGCCUCCAUUUUCUUCUCUUUUCUUUUCACGGGCGGCCCCCGGUCCUUCCUCCUCCUGGCUGCUUCCAAUUACUCGUCUUCCUUGCCCCGUUCCGCCGCUUUGCCUCGGGGUCCGGUCCGUCCUUCCGGUUCCCACCCAGGCGGCGAAGCCGAGCUUCAGGUGCAGCUUGAACUUACAAGUGGUGUUGCUCACCAAGGGGAGGUGGCAUGACAAAUCAUUGUCCUCCUCUGAGGGUUAUUCUUCUGCUGUUGUUGAUCUCCAGUUGCUUCUCUUCUGAUCUUGAUGUCCAAUGCUUGAGAUCUGUACUGCGAUCAGUAAUUGACCCCAAUCGUAUACUCAUAUCCUCAUGGAAUUUUGACAACAGCAGUACUAUUGGUUACAUAUGCCGAUUUACCGGCGUGGAAUGUUGGCACCCGGAUGAGAACCGAGUUCUUUCUUUGCGCCUCGGCAACCUUGGUCUUCAGGGUUCAUUUCCUCAAGGUCUUCAGAAUUGUAGCAGUAUGACUGGGCUGGAUUUGUCAAGUAACAACUUUACAGGACCCAUUCCUCUAGACAUUUCCCGGGAAAUACCAUAUUUGACAUUAUUGGACCUCUCCUACAAUAGCUUUUCAGGAUCCAUCCCGCAAAAUAUUUCAAAUAUGACAUAUCUAAACCUCCUCAAUCUCCAACAUAACCAGUUUAGUGGUACAAUUCCACCACAGUUUGAUCUUCUUAGUCGGUUAGCUACAUUCAAUGUCGCAGACAAUCGCUUAUCAGGGUUUAUUCCGUCUUCACUACGAAAAUUCCCGGCAUCAAACUUCGCCGGAAAUCAAGGGCUAUGUGGAGAUCCAUUAGAUGAGUGCCAAGCUUCGUCAAAGAGCAAGAACAACUCUGCAAUAGUUGGAGCUAUAGUUGGUGUUGUGGUCGUGAUCAUAAUUGUUGUAAUAGUUGUGUUCUUUUGUCUGCGGAAAUUACCAGCCAAGAAGGCUAAAGGUGAGGAUGAGAAUAAGUGGGCAAAGAGUAUCAAAGGAACAAAAGCAAUCAAGGUGUCUAUGUUUGAGAAUCCAGUUUCAAAGAUAAAACUAAGUGAUCUUAUGAAGGCUACCGACCAAUUCAGCAAAGAAAACAUCAUAGGUACUGGGAGGACAGGGACUAUGUACAGGGCAGUAUUACCUGAUGGUUCUUUUCUUGCUGUCAAAAGGCUACAAGAUUCACAGCAUUCUGAAUCACAAUUCACUUCAGAGAUGAAGACUCUUGGUCAAGUAAGGCAUCGCAACUUGGUUCCUCUCCUGGGAUUUUGCAUUGCUAAGAGGGAGAAGUUGUUGGUGUACAAGCACACGCCGAAAGGUUCACUCUAUGAUCAGUUACACAAAGAGGGGGAAGAUUGUAAGAUGGAUUGGCCGCUGAGGUUACGAAUCGGUAUUGGUGCAGCAAAAGGCCUUGCAUAUCUUCACCACACUUGCAAUCCUCGAAUUCUUCACCGCAACAUAAGCUCCAAAUGCGUCAUCUUGGAUGAGGACUAUGAACCAAAGAUUUCAGAUUUUGGACUUGCUAGACUUAUGAAUCCCCUAGACACCCAUCUAAGCACCUUUGUCAACGGAGAAUUUGGAGAUAUUGGUUAUGUGGCACCAGAGUAUGGGAGCACUCUGGUGGCCACACCAAAGGGUGACGUCUACAGCUUUGGCGUGGUUUUACUUGAGCUCAUCACCAGCGAGAGGCCUACUCAGGUUUCCUCUGCUCCAGAUAACUUCAAAGGGAAUCUAGUAGAGUGGAUUGCUUACCUAUCAAACAAAGCAAUUCUCCAAGAUGCAAUCGACAAGUCGUUGAUAGGCAAGGAUCAUGACAGUGAGCUGAUGCAAUUCAUGAAAGUCGCAUGUUCUUGCACAGUCUCCACGGCAAAGGAAAGACCCACGAUGUUUGAGGUUUAUCAGCUCCUUAGGGCCAUUGGGGAGAAGUAUCAUUUCUCGGUUGGUGAUGACUUGAUGCUGCCACCUCUUACCACAGAUGGAGAAACCCCGGACGAGCUCAUUGUUGCCAUGUAAUCGCAAACCCAUGCAUUGCAGAAGGCAAACAUGACUGCAAGGCCGUCCUCCUCUUAUGAUCUUUCUUCUUUCCAUGGGCAUUACCAUGCUCAAGCGAGUAAAGUGUCUCUUAUCAGCAGCAGUAUUGUAGAUUACUGCAUGCACUGUAUAUAUAGUUCUUGUAGCCUGGUUCUUAUCCACCCUUAGGGGGUGGUGCUAGUAGCAGGAAGGAUAAUUUUCAUACGACCAAUUUGGGAAUGGAGAUAGCUUUUAGUUUGUUAACCCUUGCGUUACUAUGUUCAUGGGAUUGCGCUCUGGUGUCCAUUUUGCACUAUCUAUCUUUGUAUCAGAUAAUGAGCGAGUGCUAGCAUGCAAAUAAAUGAAAUGGAGAUUAUGAUAUUUCCUUCCUUCA